CCUUCAGAAUGGGAGAAAAUAAUAGCAAACGAAGCAACUGACAAACAACUAAUCUCAAAAAUAUACAAGCAACUCCUGCAGCUCAAUUCCAGAAAAAUAAACGACCCAAUCACUUGUUUGAUUUUUACUUCUCUUAGAAUGUGUUACUUUGCUGAAAACAGUUUCAAAGUCUAGGCGGAUUGAUCCCCUGCAAGCUACACUUGAAGGUUAAGUAACUACAGAUCUCAGCUAAUCCUGUGUAAUCUGCUGGUACUAAAUGGCCAUUUGUAUGCCUGGCGCACCAGUUUCUGAAUGCUUAGGGUUUGGUUUUUACCUUUUGUCCAAAUAACCUCUAAAAGGAGCCAUGCAUCUCUUUGCAGGUCUGUGCAUUGCAAUGAGCCUAUUGGAGACAGCAAACUGUUUAUGUCCUUCUCAGUGCUCCUGUGAUUAUCACGGCAGAAAUGAUGGCCUGCGAUCAAGGGCGGUGCUAUGUAAUGACCUUGAUAUGAAUGAGGUACCUACAAACUUUCCCGUGGACACUGUGAAGCUUCGCAUAGAAAGGACCGUUGUCCGUAGGAUCCCCGCCGAGGCCUUCUACUACCUGGUGGAGCUUCAGUACCUCUGGCUGACUUACAAUUCUGUCGCCAGCCUUGACAUCAGCAGCUUUUACAACCUAAAGCAUCUACAUGAGUUGCGCUUGGAUGGAAAUUCUCUGACAGCUUUCCCUUGGACAUCUCUGAGGGACAUGCCCCGUCUGAGGACCCUGGAUUUGCACAAUAACAGAAUAACCAAUGUGCCAAAGGAGGCAGUCAGGUACCUGAAGAACCUCACCUACUUGGAUUUAUCAAGCAACAGAUUAACCACACUGCCACCAGAUUUCCUGGAAGGCUGGUCCCACUUAGUGACAGCAUCAUCCAGAAGCCUGGACCUUCCACCAAGAAGAAUUGUUCUCGGUCUGCAGGACAACCCAUGGUUCUGUGACUGUCACAUUUCCAAAAUAAUGUCAUUGUCAAAAGUCGCUGACCCUGCAAUAGUACUUCUUGAUCCGAUGAUGGUGUGUAGUGAACCGGAACGCCUCACAGGGAUUUCAUUUCAGCGAGCUGAGCUGGAGCAGUGUGUGAAGCCAUCAGUGAUGACCUCGGCUACCCAGAUCACAUCAGCUCUGGGCAGCAAUGUCCUGCUGCGGUGUGACGCCACUGGCCACCCCACCCCGCAGCUCACGUGGACCAGACCAGAUAGCUCGCCAGUCAAUUAUACAGUAAUUCAGGAAUCUCCAGGGGAGGGAGUCAGAUGGUCCAUAAUAAGCUUGACGGGCAUUUCUUACGUGGAUGCUGGGGAUUACAAAUGUAAGGCCAAAAAUUUGGCUGGGAUGUCAGAAGCUGUGGUCACUGUGACAGUGGCCGGUGUUGUCAGAACCACCAUCUCAUCAGAUACUUCUGAGAGAAGAACUGGGGAGCACCCUGAACAAGAGGUCCAGCCGGGAUCUAGACGCCCUGCAUCUCUGCCUGGUUCAUCAUCGUCUCCCUGGCCUUAUUCCUCCUCUUCUUCCACUUCUCCUCCUACUUCAACUUCAUCUCCUCCCUCCACUGCUUCCUUCUCCUUGUCUCCUUUCUUCUCCUCCACUGUUUCUUCAGCUACAACUCCAAGCACUAGAAUAUCCGCAAGCACCACCAUGGCUAGCCGACAGUCGCUCAGCCCAGAUGGGAAAAGAAGUGCUAAAGCAGAGAUGGGUGGUGGGAAGCUUCCCCCAGCUAGUGCAAGUAGAAGAGAAGAGUUGGCACUGUUGGAUCGAGCCCUGCGGAUGGAAGCGAAUGCCACAAUAGAAAACCUCCAGGUGGUCAGCGAAACAGAAGAAAGCGUGGUUUUGACAUGGGACACCAUUAACACCACCCAGAACUCGGAAGUGACUGUGUUUUAUUCCAAAUAUGGUGAGAAGGACCUGCUGCUGCUUAAUGUGAACUCCAGCAAGAACCAAGUCACCAUAAACGGCUUGCUGCCUGGUUGGCAGUAUAUAGCGUGUGUCUGUCCAAAGGGAAUGCCUCCCCAGAAAGACCAAUGUGUCACCUUUUCUACUGGCAGAGCUGAAGAAGGAGAUUCUCAAGAGUUUUUCCUGAUGGUGCUGAGUGGUGCUGCCUGCGUUGCUGUCUUGCCGUUGAUUUUUUUCCUGUUGUACAAAGUUUGCAAACUUCAGUGUAAGCCAGACUCCCUCUGGGAAGAUGAUUUGGCAAAAGAGACUUAUAUCCAGUUUGAGACACUGUCCCCCACGUCUCAAAGUGUAGGGGAACUGUGGGCGCGAAGGCCCAGAGCCGAAUCAGAAAAACUGCCGCUUUGCUCUAGGUCAAGUAUGGAGUCUCCUGACUAUUAAAAGUGAGGGUUCUGGAUCGGAGUAUUAUUGCUAAGGUUUUACAGCUCACGCACAUGUGAGCUCCACAGAAUUUCUUUCACAAAAUUAAGGAUCUAGGGGUAUCGUUGACCCUCUCUUUGGAUGACUUUUGGACGCUUUUCACAUCCUUUAUGAAAAAAAAUCACAGAUGGAGUGCUUUUAAGUCUGUUUAAAAAAAUCAUGAGACUUCUGAACUGAAAAGACAAAUAAUUUUGAUUUUUUUUCUGUAGAAAAUGUCCAUAGAAAUCAUUUUUAGGGUAGUGCUAAGUCAGUUAAUAAUAUAUUUUAGGAUAAUGCUUUAGUUCUUAAAAAUAAAUUCAUGUGAAAAUAGUCAUAAAAAGUAAACUCUGAAUUUUAAAAAGCUAGCUUUUUGGGGCAGUGAAGAAAGAUUAGUACAACCAGUUAAGCCUUGAUGUUACUUCUUGUUCAAAGUGCUCUAUGGCAUUUGCUGUGCCCUUUUGCUGCCAUUGCCUGGUGGAGUGGAACAGUACAUAAUUUUGCUUUCACUAUGGUUAAAUGCAACCCAGUGGGUGGGGAGGGCUCCAGCUCUUAGUACCAUUAUGCAUUAUAAUAUAGUAUAGUGGUAUUCGUAUUGAAAGAAUGAAAAAAAUUUCCCUUGUCCUUAGAAAUAUGGGUACUAGCAAAAAUAAGUUAAAAAGAAGAUCAUGGCAAAUAGUUAGACCAUUUUGAGAAGAUAGUAACUGUUGCAUUCUAAUACAUCUGCUAACAGACUGUAUGGGGUCUUUUUAAAAAAUGUACUCAUUUUAAAACAAUCUCUUUAACAGUUUUAUAUUUACACUUCUUUUCCCCUUCCCUCUUUUCUUCUCUCCCUCCACUCCCCCUACUUUCUUCACUUUUUUUUUUCUUUCUGCUUUGUCAGAAAAUAUUCAUGCAGCCAAAGGAUCGUGGCUAAAGGGUUUGUCUUUUGCCAUGUUAUAUUUUGAUUACCUGGAUAAAGGAAUGAUCUUUGAAAGUCUUUUCGAUCCAAAAAGGAUGUCUUAGGAUUUUGAAAGAGCAAAUUCAGUGGAUUGAUUUAGUCAAACUCAAGGUUAAAAACAUCAGGGAAAUUUGAUUGGAGUGGGCCACAUGAUUAGAUAGGAAAGGGAAUUGAUAAAUAAAAUUUAGCUUUUCUAAAGAAAUUUUUAAACCAUAUUUACUAAAUAUUAUAUUCUCUACAUUGAAGAUUUUGGAGUAUAGAGCAGAUUUAUAAAGGUGUCAUGAAAUAUACUGAGAAGCAAGUUCUAAGAAAAUAUAUUUUACAUAAGAAACAAAUCGGCUUUAAUGUAACACAUUGUGGAAAUCAUAAUAUAAGCAGCCAGAGGAUGAAAACCUUCUCAUUCCAAAUGGCUUUUAAUUAAAAAGAAAAAGAGAAAUCUAGUUUCACUGUUAUCUGUAUUAGAAGAUUGGCAUGGAUAGAUGUCCUGCUCAGAACUCCCAAACCUCGCCUUCUUAUCCUCUUUCCUGUCCUUUCCAACCUGUUUGACCUUGGUGCUUUCAUCACUAUGUGCAUUGUCUAAUGAUCUAACAGUUUUAAAUUCAGUAUCCAUUUUUUGGAUUUUUUUAAAAAAUAAAAUACCUUUUAAAGACA